AUGGAAGGCCACCAACAGCUGGCGCCCAUGUGGGUGGUACAUAUCUCCGAGAUUUUGAAGAUGAAAGGCAUAGCGCCAUACGGAGCGCCUCCUGAUCAUCAGCAGCUCAAGGAGGCUGGGCUCAUCGUGGAGUGGGAGCCUUCCUUCCUCACCAUAUUUGUCUCACACCAGUGGCUUGGGAAGCAUCAUCCGGAUCAGAAAGGCAGUCAGUUCAAGGUGCUGCAAAGGGCUUUGGAGAACUUGUUAGGUGGUCGGCUGCAAAUCGAGAUGGAUCUGCCGAUGCAGUUCCUGGGUGAGACUCAGGUGCUUUCCGCAGCAAACCGAGCAAGUCUCAGCGAGGCCUAUAUCUGGUUUGAUUGGUUCUCAAUUCCGAAGAUUGACAGCAAGCAAGGCAGCGAAGAAAUGAGAGAUGAUGUCUUCUUGGCAGUCCAGUCGAUCCCCUUCUACGUUGAGUCAUGUCAGCUCUUCAUCGCUUUAGCUCCUACCUUGAAGCACAAUGAUCUAGAUGAGGAGUGCAACUAUUGCACCUGGCUUCAACGCGGAUGGUGUUCGUUGGAGAUCUGGUGCAACCUCUUGUCGCGCAAGUCGGAUACUCCCAUGAUCUUGAUCCGUAGCAGCGACCAUGCGGAGUUCGCCAUGCCCAUCCACUGGGUCUACGGCUCUCCCCACACGGGGAACUUCGCAGUGGAGGCAGACCGCCAGAAGGUCACGAAGGUCAUGCAGCAAGCGCUGGACUCCAAGUUGCAGUUCCUGCACAGCAGCGGACAAAACCAGGAUCUUCUCCGCUACUUGGAGGCGGUGCGUCACCAGCUGCUGGGUGAGAGCCCUUCGCAGCUGGGCUCUGAGGCCUUCGCGUCUCGUUUCGCUCUCGCUACGACCGCUACGACUGCGCCUUGCUCCUCGGGCUUCACGGCCUGUGCGUGCGCCGUCCUGGCGGAGGACCGGGCUCAGGUGCGGCGCUUGGUGUCCCAGGCCACCAUGCAUCAGCCCGGCGUGGCCGAGGUGGGGCUCACGAAGGGCCGCACAGCACUGCACUUGGCCGCGAGCCACGUCAAGGACGCGGAGAUCUUCACGGAGCUCUUGCGAAAUUGCGACCCCAACAUCUGCAACUUCUUGGGCAUGUCACCCUUGGGCUAUUCACGAAGUACCCAAGCUGUUCGCAUCUUGUUAGAAGCACGGGCUGGCGUGAACUACUCGGCUGCACCUUGUGGCCUGACGCCGCUGGCAGUGGCAUGUCUCUACUGCUCGCCUACGCCUGUGAUGAAACUGCUUAUUGAAUCUCAGGCCGAUGUCAAUGACCAGGGCUAUGGCGGAGCUGCCCCACCCUUGGUCUGCUUGGCGGUGCCUGCGGAUGGCAAUCCGCACUUGGAAGAGCAGGUGAAACUUCUUCUGCUCUCCAAAGCCGACGUGAACUUGCGAGCUGAGCCCAGCGGCGCCUUGAAGCUCUUCGAGUUGGCCUGUCGUGCGACCUCCUCCUGGAGGAUGCAGUCCUUGUUGGAGAAGAUCUUCGCGGAAAUUUCUACGACACCAUUGGGCUUCGCAUGUUUGAUGGGUCGGGAACACUUGGCGACCAUGCUGCUUGCAGCAAUGGCCGACCCGGAUAUUUGCAACAACCGCGGACACUCAGUGGUGCAACUAGCCCGAACUGACAGCAUUCAACGACUGCUGCACGACAUGGCGAUGACCACCGUGAGCCUUUGA